GACGAAGUUGCAGACGACCAGAGAAGGAGGGUCCGGAUUCAGAAUGCAGAGAUACCACUUAGUAUCACGUCCCAUGAAUAAACGCUGGUAGGAAGCGGGCGCAGCUGAGGGGAAUGCAGCUUGCUCAAUCAACACUAGUGACUAGAAAAAGCAAGAGACAUUUAUCCUUGGAACCUUUUGCGUGUCCUUAAUGUGAGUGUACUGAAACAGUAGGGAAGAUGGCUGCAACCCGUAGUGCUUGCCGAGGCCUUAGCCAGGGGGUGCAGCUCGGUGCAGAGACACUUUCACGGGGCCAAACAGAGCUGAGCAGUAGUAGGACCUUCUUGAGGGCGCCCCCUCUUUGCAGCUCGUUCCAUGGUAGGAAGCUUCCCGCAAGCAAGGGCUGCGGAGAAAGCUUUUUGGCACUGGGUUUAGAGGGCACCCGGUGUAUUGAAGGGUUGUCCAGCGGAGUUGGUGCAUUGCAGCUGGGGCGAGGUAGACAAAGACGGCAAAGCUGUAGAGCGGUCUCGGUAGCGGAGCCACCGUCGGCAGAGACAGGAGAGCCUGAGGACAGGUUGCGUGCUUCGGAAGCUGAGGAUGCUGCCAACGGGGAGCCCCCUCCGGCUGGUCAGGAUGGGGCGUCCUACUUUUCCGGAAGGACAUACUUCCCACUAGCAGCAGUAGUUGGACAAGAGUCAAUAAAAACCGCCCUUCUUCUCGGAGCCAUUGACAAUGACCUCGGGGGGAUUGCAAUUUCCGGAAAGAAGGGCACCGCCAAAACGGUGAUGGCGCGCGGGUUGCACGAGAUUUUGCCACCGAUCGAAUGCAUUGACGGGAGCAUGUGCAAUGCAGACCCGAACAAGCCUAGGGAGUGGGAGGACAAACUGAGCGAUAACCUUAAAUAUGAUGACGAGGGGAACGUGAAGACGCUGAUCAAGAAGGCUCCUUUCGUUCAGAUUCCCCUUGGAAUCACUGAAGACCGACUGAUUGGUUCCGUCGAUGUGGAGCUAUCCAUCCAGUCCGGACAGACUAUCUACCAGCCAGGGCUGCUAGCGGAAGCGCACCGGGGGGUUCUUUACGUGGACGAAAUCAACCUGCUCGAUGAGGGGAUCAGCAAUUUGCUGCUGAAUGUGCUGACAGAGGGCUGGGUACGAGUGGAGCGAGAGGGGAUCAGUUUCAAGCACCCGUGCAAACCGCUCCUGAUUGCGACGUAUAAUCCGGAGGAGGGGGACUUCCGCAAGCAUCUGUUUGACCGGAUUGCAAUCAACCUGAAUGCCGAUUUUGACCUGCCGUUCGAGGACAGAAUAGAAGCCGUGGGGCUGGCAGAGAGUUACCAAGACAAUGCAGCGGGCGUCGAGGAGAAAGCUAGGGAGGCGACGGAGCAGAUGAAGACAAACGUGAUUCUUGCUAGGGAGUAUCUGAGGGACGUGAAGAUCACGUCUAAGCAGAUCAACUAUCUCGUGACGGAGGCGAUUCGCGGACAAGUGCAGGGGCACCGAGCGGAGAUCUACGCCAUGAAGGUUGCCAAGGCCCUGGCAGCAUUCGAGCAGAGGGACUACGUCAGUGAGGGUGAUCUGACUGAUGCGGUGAAGCUGGUGAUCCUGCCCCGCUCCAUCUAUAUGGACGUGCCUCCUGACCAGCAGCCGCCUCCCCCGCCCCCGCCCCCGCCGCAGCCGCCUCAGGCUCAAGACGAGGAGGAAGACGAAAAGGAAAAGGAAGAGGAAGAGGAGGAGGAUGACGACAAGGAGGAGCCGGACGAGCAGCCGGACCAGGUCCCCGAGGAGUUUGUGUUUGACGCGGAGGGCGGGCUGCAAGACCCGGAGCUGCUCAUGUUUGCGCAGCAGGCGCAGAAGCGCAAGGGCAAGGCGGGGCGCUCGAAGAACCUCAUCUUCUCGCAGGACCGCGGGCGCUACAUCAAGCCCAUGCUGCCCAAGGGCAGGGUGAUCCGGUUGGCCGUUGACGCCACCCUGCGCGCCGCGGCUCCAUUCCAGAAGGCGCGGCGAGAGCGCGCGGAGUCCGGCCGGGCGCGCAUCAAGAAAGUGUACGUUGAGGACACGGACGUGCGGACCAAGCGUAUGGCGCGCAAGGCAGGCGCCCUGGUCAUCUUCGUCGUGGACGCCAGUGGCAGUAUGGCCCUGAACCGCAUGAACAACGCCAAGGGCGCCGCCCUGCAGCUGCUCAACGAGAGCUACCAGAGCCGAGACCAGGUCGCCAUCAUUCCUUUCCGGGGGGAAGCCGCCGAAGUUCUGCUGCCCCCCUCUCGAUCCAUCGCCAUGGCCAGGAAGCGUCUCGACAGGCUGCCCUGCGGAGGGGGAUCGCCCCUGGCCCACGGCCUGACCACGGCGGUCCGUGUGGGCAUCAACGCGCAGUCCAGCGGGGACGUCGGACGUGUCAUGAUUGUUGUUCUCACGGACGGUCGGGCCAACAUCCCGCUCAAGCGGUCGCUCGGCGAAGAAGGGUUUAUCGGGCCCGAUGCUCCGCGGCCCAGCCAGGCAGAACUGAAGGAGGAGAUCCUGGGGAUCGCCGCGAAGGUGUACCUGUCCGGCCAUUCACUGCUGGUGAUUGACACGGAGAACAAGUUUGUGUCGACCGGGUUUGCCAAAGAGAUUGCCCGGGUUGCUCAAGGCAAGUACUACUAUCUACCCAAUGCCACCAACGAAGUCAUCGGGAUGGCUACAAGGGAGGCGUUGGCUGAGGUGAAGGGAUCGUAAGUUGAGGCUGUGUUGAGACAGGAUGCUUUUGCAGUACUCGAAUUUUAGAAAAGCCAUAUAGCAGGAACGCUGAUUUUUGACAUUGAGGGCCGAAGAUUGUCAUUCCAUUGAACAUUCUACAUCCGACCUCUAUUGAUAUCCAUAAUGCCCAGAGGCAAAGCUCCUAGGAGCAAUUGAAGCC